GCGCUUACUCUGUUUAGUUCAGACCGGACUGUACAGAGUCAGAGUGUAGACCAGCACAGCCAGAAGACAGAGAGAAGGGGAGGAAGAUGAUGAUGCUGUCGGAUGUGUUUCUGGUUUAAACUCGCCUCUUUCUCUGCGAAUGUGCCCCAGUACAGUUACAUUCGCAGUCCCGCUUAGAGGCAAGGACACUCUUUAUAUUCCUGUGCCAAAAUGUAUGAACGACACUUGCUAUUGUACAUGCGUAUCUAUCCGACACAAAGUAAACCAACACAAGGUGACCAAGAGGAUUGUAGAACCAAUUCAACAUUCUGGUAAAAAGAUAAAUUGACACAACGGGACUACUGUGCAGAAUGGAUGGACUUGCGUCUCUUUUGAACCACUCCAGAAAUUGUGGAUUAUAUUGUUAACCAAGGCGUGUGGUAUUUCAGCAGCGAAACAUUGUCUACAGGCCACUGCCGUGACUGUCCCCGCGCCCUCUCCUGGGAAAUGGAUUUGGGUCGAUCCAAUCUCACCGGCGGGGGUGGCGACCCCCUGCUGCUGUCGGACCCCCUCUUCCAGGAUCACACCAACCUGAGCAGCAGCUACGCAGGCGGAGGCGCCUUCUUCUGGCUGGUGCCGCCGGAGAACAGCACCUGGAGCACGGCCGGUCCCACGCUCCACCCCGUGGUGCCACCCAGGAUGCGGGACCUGGCCCUGGCCCGGGCUGAGAUUGGGGUGCUGGGGCUGGUUCUGGCGCUGACCACCCUGGGCAACGGCUUCGUCCUGUGGGUGCUGCUGCGGAGGAGGAAGCACCAUGCGCCCAUGCACGUGUUCAUGGUCAACCUGUGCGUGGCCGACCUGGUAGUAGCCUUCUUCCAGGUCCUUCCGCAGCUGGUAUGGGACAUAACGGAACGCUUCCAGGGCCCAGAUGCCCUGUGCCGCUCGGUCAAGUAUCUCCAGAUCGUGGGCAUGUUCGCCUCGUCUUACAUGAUCGUCGCCAUGACGGUGGACAGGCACUACGCUAUCUGCUGCCCUCUGCAGGCGUACCGUGGUGGCGCGCCCUCCAAAUGGAACACCCCCAUCAUGGUGGCCUGGGGACUGUCCCUUGUGCUCAGUCUGCCCCAGGUGUUCAUCUUCUCACGAUCAGAGGUGGCCCCAGGCAAGUUCGACUGCUGGGGAAACUUUGCCGAACCAUGGGGGCUCAAGGCCUACGUCACCUGGAUGACAAUCGCCGUGUUCAUCCUCCCUGCAUGUAUUAUCACCGUUUGCCAGGUCCGUAUCUUCAGAGAGAUCCAUGACAACAUCUAUCUGAAGUCAGAGCGGGUGGUGACGGCGGAGUUCAAGAGGAACUCUGUGCUCUUUCACUUCCCCCAUCGGGACACCCACAGGGCCAGGGUGUGUACCGCAGGAGGAGGAGGAGGAGGAAGGGAGGGGCGUGCGAGUCUCCCCCACUUCCCCCACCACCUCAGACAGGCCGCCCCUCACGCCGGGCACACCGGGCCCGCCAUCCCCAACCCUGCCAGCUCCUCUGACCAUUGGCCGGACGUGCUACCCGACCCAGUGCCCUUUGCCCUGCCCGCCGGUGGCGGCUACCCCCCGAUGCCCCCUCCGCCGGGCGUCUCCAAGGCGAUGUCGAAGACGGUGAGGAUGACGCUAGUGAUCGUGCUGGUCUACACGUUCUGCUGGUCACCCUUCUUCAUCGUCCAGUUGUGGGCGGCUUGGGACCCUAACCCACCUGACCAAGGUGUGGCUUUCACCAUCCUGAUGUUGCUGGCCAGCCUGAACUCGUGCACCAACCCUUGGAUCUACACGGCCUUCUCCAGCAGCGUGUCGCGGGAGAUGCAGGCCCUUCUGCACUGCCGCUGGAGACCUGCGCGCCGCGGAUCCCUGCCCGACGACUCCACCACCACACACACCUCCACCACCACCAAGGACAGCAUUUACUGACAAGCACAGCGGCAGCGACAAUGGUGGGAGCAGCGACCGCCACCACCGCCACGGGGAUGCAGAGGCAUAUUUGAGGCCGAGGCAGAGACUGUGACGGACAUGCAGUCUUACGCACAUACCACACGACAUAUACACACACACACACAUAAAGAGACACACAAACCACACGACAAACACACUUACACACACACGGUGUGGAUGGCUCCUGCUGUUGAAUAGCAGUAGCUACCUUUCAGCACUUGUUUGGAGCAGCAGGCACAGGGAGAACACUGCAGGGAACACGUGCAGUCAUAGACUUCUUUAGCACAUACUAGACAGACACACACACACACACACACAUACACGCGAUUGGGUGUGACAGCAUCAUUAAAAGCCUUGGACUGAAGACAUACAAUGUUUGUUUUACAGAACUCUAGAACACAUAUACACACACACACACACACA